UUGAGUAAAUGGUCACUGCUUGAGCCCAAGAUAGCUAACUCUGAACAUACUCGGUGUGGAAAGCAAGUAACCUUUCUGAUAGAAGCUGCAUUGGAAAAUGUCAGUUUUGAUCCUAUCUCUAUUCGUUCUGAAAAGGUUUUAAAAUACACUGACUUGUGCACACCACUGGCAUAUUUACUUGGAGAUCCCUACAAGUUAAUUGCUGAAACAAACGUGGAUGAUUUUAGCAGGCUUGGAGUAGCCUUCAUGGAGAACAGACUGCAAAUGGAUGAAAGAAUGGUGCCUCAAAAGAUUGUUUCUUUACAGCUUAAUGAAUCAGUUCAAGUGAAGUUGCUGAAAUCAAAUGCUGUGUUUGAGAAAGAGAGCAAGAAACCGGGACAUUCCCAGAUCCAAGGUGGUGCAGUUGAAACUUCAUCUAAAGAUAUUUCCAGUAAUCCAACGAAUGAGCCAACUGUGGGUUCAUUUGGUGCUUGCUAUAGUGCAGUUAAUUCUGGGCCCCAACAACAAGAUAGGAAUGAAAUGAUAGUUCAUAUUAAAGACCUCCAUGCAUCCCAAGAAGGAAUGGAACUCGAAGAUCAUCAGAGCCAUCAUCUUCACCUUGCCAGUUGCUCUGAGUGUUUGGAGUUAGAAAACAGCACUAUUGAAUCAGUCAGAUAUGCCUCAGCAGAAAAUCUACUGGACCUCUCUGAUGACUAUUGUGGAAGCUCUGAUGAAACAAUAGUUGGAGAGGACAAUUUAUUGGAAAACACAAGGCAAAGUAACAAAAGUGGGAAGCCUCCCAAUGUGUUGAUAUAUGUUGGAUCUCAUUGCAAUCAGGACUUGAAGAAGUUUCAGCAAGUAAAGUCUGUCCUGGUGGAUUGCCUUGACAAUGAUAGGUAUGCUAUCUAUCCUCUUCUAGAAGAACAGAUCCUGAAGGAGCCUUGGGCUGAUAAUUCUUUGUUACUGGUUGUGGCCUGUGACCAGCCAGUGUCAGAACAAAUUAAUAGACAAUUCAUGAGUUACUUGUCCAAAGGUGGGAAGAUCUUGGGACUCUGCACAUCAUUUUGUUUUGGUGAGAUCAAAAUAUCUCAUAAAAAUGAAUUGAAGGAAAAGAUCCACAAGUUUUGCUUCACAAAAUCUGAUGGCACAGAUGUAACCCUGGAUGCUUUUACCAGUGGCAAAGUGUUUUUAAGAGAGAUUAAUAGCACAGAGGAUGCCACAGAAGAUCUUGAGCUAUGGGGGAGUUUGACUGAUCUUGAAAAAGAAAUGGUGAUCAUACGUUUACCCUAUGGAGAAAAUGGAGGAGAAGCUGUUCUCUGCCAGGUUCACCUUGAAAUCCCUCCUGAGUCAACCGAGAUCCAUGUGCAAGAGGAUUUCAGAACACUUAAACAGAGCAAUGCACUACGAUAUGAAGUACUUACAGAAAUCCUGAAACAUUUAGAACUUAGCUGUGGACUUUCUGAAAUGCCAUCUUUGACACCAGUGUAUCUGUUGACCAAGGCAGAGGUCUUACUGAAGACUCACUAUGCCAAUCUUACUGCUGCUGUCAAUAAAAACUUCCAUAUAACUUAUAUGCAGAAAUUCAACAGACCUUUCCUUAGAUGGCUGUGGCCUAGACUGGAUGAAGAAGGUGUACUUAAAUCACCAAAAGUAUCUUUGAAAGUUGUAGCAAAGCAGCAACCUGGAAUGGAGGCUACGCCUAGCUCCUUGCCUCUCAUUAUAGAAUCACAGAUGUUUUCAUCAGAAUACUUUGACCUGAAAAUCUACUGUGAAAAUCUUCAAACACAGUUGUUAGGUCAAUUGAUUUUCUUCAGUGAAGUGAUCCCAACUACGAUGGAUUUGAGGGAGGGGUUGAUGCUUCACUUGCCAGAGGAAGUAGGGUUAAUUGCCAUUGCAGUUCGACAAACACAAGGCAAAGGUCGUGGACAAAAUAUAUGGAUUAGUCCUUUAGGCAGUGCCAUGUUCACGAUCCACAUUAGGAUUCACAUGCACUCUCAGCUUGGACAGAAUAUUUCAUUCCUCCAGCAUUUAGUCGCUCUGGCUGCAGUGGAGUCUGUGCUAUCCAUUCCAGGUUAUGAGGAUAUUGACUUGAAGGUUAAAUGGCCAAAUGACAUAUACUACAGUAAUCUCAUGAAGCUGGGUGGUGUCCUGGUCAAUUCUACCUUGAUGGGAACAACUUUUCACAUACUUAUUGGCUGUGGAUUCAAUGUAGCUAACAGUAACCCAACUAUAUGCAUCAAUGAUAUCAUUCAACAACAUAACAAAGACCAUGGAACAAAUUUACAGCCUCUUCGAAUAGACCAGCUGUUGGCAAGAACAGUCACUAUCCUUGAAAAUCUGAUAAACACUUUCCAAACCAAAGGGGCAAAUGGAGUUUUGCCACUUUAUUAUAAGAGAUGGGUGCACAGUGGCACACAGGUACGAUUAUGGAAAGAGCAUGGUCCUGUAGCAUGGGUUGUUGGACUGGACAAUUCUGGCUUCCUUCAGGUUCUUCAGGAAGGUGAUAAUGACAUUGUUACAGUACAGCCUGAUGGGAACUCAUUUGACAUGCUUCGUAAUCUUAUCGUCACCAAGCAGCAAUAAAGCUGACCAGGUUUUGUGGAACUCCUGCUCUUCUGGAACAGCGGAAUAGAUGAUAAGAUUAUUUUAAAUCUGUUAUGCUGUGAGUCUUUUCUACCAGUAGGGCUGUAAUUUCAGACUUUCCAGGGCACUAUGCUUGGUCAGCAAGAGGUCUGCCUUUUACUAGAGGGGUAUGAAACUGUUGAGGUUUGGAUAUUGGUAGAUAUCAUCAGGAAAAAAGUGUGUGAAGAUGCUUGUGAAAGGUAUCCAAAUACAGGAAGUAAUUUUUUUGUUUUGUAACAUAAAUAUGAAGGUAAAAAGUUGUACCUUGUUUCAUUCCAAGCAGGGAAAAAUGGGUACAAUUUCAAAGGCAAUCUCCUGUGCCUGAGGGAACCUGCACUAACUCCAGUGAAGGUAUCCAGGCAUUGCUAGUGACUGAUUUAAACAAGAAAAGGUUAAUGCAGGGGUGAGAUGUAUACCUGUUAAGAAGUACCCUUUGGUUUGUCAAACGCCCAGACAAAGGUUGAGCUGUAUAAGCUCUGACUGACUGCUUUUCUAGUAACACAGCUGCCGAACUUAAAGAAAACAGGUAGAAGCUGCUCUCCGCACAGCAUAGAAUUAUCUAUCCCCUUCUUUGAUGUGAAGACAAAUAGGAAGUGUUCUUCCUAUUUUCCUUUCCUCCUCAGGACCUACCUGAAGGCUACUACUGAUGUCUGAACAGGCAAAUAUUGUUCUGGGCCCAACCAGGAAACUACAUCAGGAUACUGAUCACCAGGGACAUCUGGCCAGUUUUAUGGGAAUGAGGCCUAAGCAGGAAUUUCCCACCAACCUCUUCAGACACGCUGCCCACUUCACAUCUGUGGUCUGACACUUGACAGUUUCUCAUAAUGUUUUCCUCACUACAGGUAGAUGAAUACCAUGGUUACAGAAGUGGUUCUGUGCCUUUAUACAGCUGAUUACUGCCCAUGUGUCUAGAUUCUUUUUUUUAGUAGUAGUGCAGGCUAAAAAAAUUGAUAUAACCUAUUUUUUCCUAUUCUGAUUGCUCUUUAUUUACCAUAUCUAACUUAUGGCGGUGCAAGAUGUAUUCAAAUAGAAACUUCUGUUAAAACCUUUUUGUUUUGGGCUUUUAUUCAAAAAUUUCUUUCAACAUGCAAACACUCCAAGGUUGUACUGAAUAAAUAUUUUUGAGUUUUCAAUGUAAAAUAAUAAACUAGAAAAUUGGUAUUAAUUUAACAAGGAAAUAUUCCAGUUGAAAUUUGUCAUUUCAAGGUUUGUAUGUAAGAUAUGUAACAUGUUGCAAACAGGUCUUGGUUAUAACUUGUUUGUUAGGAAAAUUACUUCUGAAGAAGUUAAUAAUGUUUUGUUCAAUUUUUGAUUUUUAUAGAAAAAUAAAUCCAUUUUCUACAAGUGUCCUGAAAACGAUGUCUCUGAGUUUCCCUUGUCAUUAAUUUCCUAUAGAAGUUGCAAUCUCUGAUAAGCUCUUUAAAUAACCAGUUUCACUACUGUUCUAAGAAUUCUCCCAAAGUUUUGAGUAAAGUUAUAUGACGGGAGUAGCAGAUUUCGUGUUCACGUUUUAUAGCUAGCUGUGAUG